GAGAGAGAGAGAGAGAGGGGCCAUCGGGGCGGCCGGCGCUCUGCCAAAAUGGGUAUCUCUCGGGAUUCCAUGCACAAGAGGCGCGCCACUGGAGGAAAGAAGAAGGCCUGGAGGAAGAAGCGAAAGUAUGAGUUGGGCCGGCAGCCGGCGAACACGAAGCUGUCGAGCAACAAGACGGUGAGGAGGGUUCGGGUGAGGGGAGGCAACGUGAAGUGGAGGGCCCUCCGAUUGGACACUGGAAACUAUUCGUGGGGGAGCGAGGCCGUGACUCGCAAGACCCGUAUCCUUGAUGUGGUGUACAAUGCCUCGAACAAUGAGCUCGUGAGGACGCAGACCCUUGUGAAGAGCGCCAUCGUGCAGGUUGAUGCCGCUCCCUUCAAGCAGUGGUACCUCCAGCACUAUGGUGUUGAGAUUGGAAGGAAGAAGAAGGCUGCUGUAGCCAAAAAGGAAACCGCUGAGGGGCAAGAGGGUGAUGGUGCUGCAGAGGAAGCCAAGAAGAGCAACCAUGUUCUUAGGAAGCUGGAAAAGCGUCAACAAGGCCGUAAACUUGAUCCCCACAUCGAAGAGCAAUUUGGAGGUGGGAGGCUGUUGGCUUCUAUCUCUUCUCGCCCUGGUCAAUGUGGCAGAGCUGAUGGAUACAUAUUAGAAGGCAAGGAGCUUGAGUUUUACAUGAAGAAGAUCCAGAGGAAGAAGGGCAAGGGCGGUGCUGGUGCUGCUGCUUGAGUGUAGUUCUUUAAAAUUUGCUAGUCACGCACCAAAGUUCUAAAAUUUUCUAUGGAUGCAGUGUCUUUCGAUGCUUUAGAUGUUGAACCCUAAAUGUUAUGGUACAUUCAUUUUUUGUGAUGCAAUUUUAACCAUAUCAGAGGUAAGAACGCUUAUUCGGUUAUGUUAUUUUGAGAUUUGUGUUAGACAGUAGAUGCUUUUAUUGAGGACAAGCUUCUUCUGAGUUAUAUUUCACUAGUUCAUGAAAGAAAUAACGUUGACAUAGACCUUUGAUAUCAG